CUCUCUCCGCGUCUCACCGCGCUCCCUCCCUCUCCGUGUCUCACUGCUCUCCCUCCCUCCGUGUCUCACUGCUCUCCCUCCCUCUCCGUGUCUCACUGCUCUCCCUCCCUCUCACUGCUCUCCCUCCCUCUCCGUGUCUCACUGCUCUCCUCCCUCUCCGCGUCUCACCGCGCUCCCUCCCUCUCCCCGUCUCACCGCGCUCCCUCCCUCUCCGCGUCUCACCGUGCUCCCUCCCUGGCUGACCGCGCUCUCCCUCCCUGGCUGACCGCUCUCUCCCUCACUGACCGCUCUGUCCCUCCCUCUCUCCCUCUCUCCCUCCCUCCCUGUCUGACCGCUCUCUCCCCUUCUCCCUGUCUGACCCCUUCCUCCCUGUCUGACCGCUGUUUCCCUCCCUCCCUGUCUGACUGCUCUCUCCCCCUCUCCCUGUCUGACCCCUCUCUCCCUGGCUGACCGCGCUCUCCCUCUCUCCCUGGCUGACCGUGCUCUCCCCCUCUCCCUGGCUGACCGCUCUCUCCCUCCCUCCCACAGAUGCAAUCCCUCACUUCCUGUGAGUGUACCGUGUGCCGGGACUGUUUCAAGAAUUAUUUCACGUUCACCGUGCGGGAGAAGCACAUCAAAAACCUUGUGUGUCCGGGCUGUUCCAAACCCGAUAUUGACGACGAGGGACAGCUCCUCAGCUACUUCUCCACCCUCGACGUGCAGUUGCGGGACUGCCUGGAUGUUGACGUCUACAACCUCUUCCACAAGAAGCUGACGGAGCGGACACUGAUGAAGGACCCCAACUUUAAGUGGUGCACUCACUGCUCGAACGGGUUCAUUUAUGACGGGAACCAGAGCAAAGUGAUGUGCCCGCAGUGCAAAGGCAGCUUCUGCUUCGAGUGUAGGAGGCCGUGGGAGCCACAACACCAGGGAAUCAGCUGUGAGGAUUUCCAGAACUGGAAGAGGGAGAAUGAUCCGGAGUACCAAGCACAGGGCCUGGCAGCCUACCUGAAAGAGAACGGGAUUGACUGUCCAAACUGUAAAUUCCGAUACGCACUGGCGAAAGGGGGCUGCAUGCACUUCAAGUGUUCGCAGUGUCAGCACGAAUUCUGCAGCGGAUGUUACAACACCUUCCUGAACAAGAAAAAAUGCACGGACCCAGUGUGCCGCCUGAAGGAGACCCUGCAUGCACACCACCCUCGGGACUGUCUGUCCUAUCUGAGGGACUGGCCAGUGAACAGACUAAAGACUCUGCUGCAGAACAACAAGGUGGCGUUUGACACAGACCCUCCCACUGGUGCUGAGCUGACACCAGGAGGUCGCUGUCGAGUCAUGGAGCAGAGGGAAGUGGGGGACAAUCUCACCGAUGCACCGUGUGGGGCAGAAGCUCACAACGGACAUGCAGGACUGUGCGAGUCCCACUAUAAGGAAUACCUGGUCAGCCGCAUUAACAGCCAUUCGCUCGACCCGGCCCAGCUCUUCAAUGAGGAAGAGAUGCAGCGACACCUGGCGCGGUGUGGCAGAACGCAGCCACCCAGAGCAGCGGGCGAGGACGAAGCUACGUAUAGGAACCGGCUGUUCCAGGCCGUCACCAGUAUUCCACUGGGAGACAAAAUCCCAAGGGUGAGGAAGUGAGCUCAGAUCCGGAAUUCUACCUGAAUCAAGGCCAAGAGUAAAGUUUAUUCAAUAAAGCAACUGCAAAAUGGA